AUGCUAUUCGGCUUCAGAGGAGCACCACUGGUGAUGGGGCGGCUGUUGGCGGCGAUCGGAAGAUUGGUGCAUUCGCUCUUCCACCCGGCGGCUGGACAGACUCAGGUCUACAUCGACGACGUGGCACUGAUGCUGCGGGGAACGAAGGAAUGGAGAGACCUCCAACUUGCCAAGGUCAUCUAUGUUCUGUCGGCCUUUGGUGUGCAGUUGUCCAUGGAAAAGGGAGAGAGGGGAAAGAGAGUUGUAUGGAUUGGAACGGAAUUCGAACUCUUCCCGGACAAGGUUUUGCUGGGCACACCGAGGAAGAUGGUGGAAGAGAUAUGCGAAAUGCUCGAGACAUGGUCUGGCAAGGGCAUGAUCUCGACAAGGGAACUGCGAAUGUUCCUGGGCAAGUUGGCUGGGGUCGCAGCCAUAGUGCCCAGGCUGCGUUGGACGGUAACGGCAUUGUAUGCCAUCCUCACCAAAGUACAGCAGGACGAGCAGUUGGAACAUGAACGCGCCUUGAGGAGACAGAAGGACAAAAGGGCCAAGAUAGGGAUAAACAUCACCGUGUUUGCCAAAGACAAGAGCUCACAGUCUAGGUCAAGUGAAACCACUGCCGGAGAAUCACCUCCUCAAAUGCUGCCCGCAGAAUUUGCGAACGUGCCGAGGGUUGCCCAAGAAACGGGAAACGAAGAUUCACCGGACAGGGCGAACCUGCUUUUGAACCAAGUCGAUAAUGUUGCACCGGUGCCCGACUUGUCACCUGAGACAAAGUCUUCAAUCAGCCAGGACACGUGCCCAGAUCACCGUGCUGACCAGCCUUGUACCUCACCAACCGAUGGAGACACCACUACAACUCCAUCGGGGCCGACAGAUCCGAUCACCGACCCGAAGGUUGGCCAACAAAGCUUCAGGUUCAGAAGUCUUCCCAAGAGGGAGCAACAGGCAAUACGCAGAAUGCACAGGAACCUGGGACAUCCCUCAAAUGAUAGAUUGGCCAGGGGGACGUGGCCGUCCCAGAAGUUCCCGUGGUAUCUAACUGCUGAUCUGUGCAUACCUUGCUGGCCGGUGAAAGCAAAGCGGCAAGCCGCUUGGAGCAGAGGAGAGGGAUCCUUGAAGGAUUCACAGUCCCGUCUUCCUGCUGAGGAUCACACGCGCCCCUUGCAAGAAAUGGACACUGUUGAAGAAUCCAAGGAAAUGAAGUGGAAACGAAAAUAUGGCAAGGAUGUGGAUCGGUUCCUGUCCCCAAGCGGUCUGGAAGUUCUUGCCGGUCGCUCUGCCAGUGCCAACGAACGCGUGUCCUUCGAACUAACGUUGAAGGAUGCCCUUUGGUUUCACACGGCGAACGGCAUUCCAGGGUCGCACGUAACAAUCCGUGCACCUGCUUCUGAAGUGAGUGAGCAGGACCUCGAAUUUGCCGCUGCCAUUGCUGCCUGGCAUUCCAAGGCAAAGGACAAGCUUUGGGCUCCUGUGAUGUAUUGCAACGGCCACCAGUUGCGCAAGCCGGCGAGGCGCCGUACUGGACAAGUACAAGUCUCAGGCAAUUACCGCCAGCUGGACGUGAGGCUGAUGGAACUUGGCGGGCGGUUCUUGGGAUGCACAAAGUGUGGAGAUAUGUGGAGAUGUGCAAAAUUUGCUUUCAUAUACAGAAGCAUGGCGAACCCAAUGCAUGGAUAG